GGGUGGUUUUCAGAGGGUUUUGGUGAUCCAAAAUAACAAGCAAUUUUCUCUCUUCAGUUUCAUUUUCCUUUUCCUUUUCUCUGAGAAAAUUCCAAUCCAAAUUUUCCCGGAAAACGAGAGAAACUGCAUCUACGCUGAAAAGCUAGUGCUCUUUUUUCUCUUUGGUUUCUCCGACAAUUCUCCGAUCUUGCAUUCGCCGGAAUUUCACUUUUCCGGUUGAACUUCUGAUCUCCGAACGAAAACUUCAGGGAAGAGGCUUUCAAAGUGAGGCAUGUGAGAGGUCAAGCAACACGAAGAGUGCUUAUUGAUUUGAUAACGGGACUUGGAUUGCCCGCUUUUUGCGCUUGAUUCAUUCUAUUUUGACAUGUGUCAUAAGAUAUGGUCUUGCAGAAGAGAUUAGACUACGGAUUUAAUGGCUAUCAGGCACCGGCCACACCCCGAGCUGUCCGAUCAACUAGGAGGAGGGCUAAAUUUCAAACAAGAGCACAAGACAAUGAAAUGUGUGCAUUUGAAUUAUUGGCCACUGUAGCUGGCAAAUUUCUGCUCGAGAAAGAGAAUACAGCCCUGUACAGUGAAACAUCAUCUGAAAAGGAUCAGCAUGAAUUCCCACAUCAAGAUGAGGGCCAUUCUUCAGGCACUGGCAAAAUCCAUGACAAAAUUGAAGACAAUGAUAGCCAAGUUAGAUUAGGUUCUUCUGGGUGUCCAGAGGAUAGUCUUUUCAAGUUAGAUGGUGAUACAAGUAAGGUAAAGGAUGAGCUGCAUAAGUUUGAGAAGGUGCCAAUCGGCAACGGGGUUGAGUUGUGCAGUUUUGAGGAUCUGUUGGGUGGAAAUCCUCCUGCACUGAUCAGUUUAGGUGACAACACCAAAUUGUCUGGGUCUAAUGACAUUCCCUGUAGCUCAUUGUCCCAUGGUAGUGACAAUGUACCAGUAGUUAGUAGAGAUGAUGACGAAAACUCUUCUUGGUGUACUCACCCUAGUACAAAAACCAAGUCCUUUAGGCCAAAGAAAGGUAUAUAUGAUAAUAGAAUAGGGAAAAUAUUGGCUUCUAAAUUUCGAAAAGUUGCGGAAAAAUCAAAAGAUGUUACACUUCCUAACAAUGAUGGCAAAUUGAAGCGAACUUACUGCAGUAAGAACUUCUAUAGACGCCAAAGUUCUCAGAUGAAUGUUCCUUUCAAAAAGAGGAAGCUACUUAAAUGUAGAUCCAUUUCAAACUCCAAUCGAUUUAUCAGUAGGGGCAUUUAUUAUUCACCUGAGAAUGGUAUGAAUCAAGAUGCUUUUGGUUCAUCUCCUAGGAUGGACAAAGUGAAGCUUAGGAUCAAGUCGUUUAGAGUGCCAGAGCUUUUUAUUGAGGUUCCAGAAACUGCAACUGUUGGGUCCCUGAAGAGGACAGUGAUGGAUGCAUUGACUGCUGUACUUGGAGGUGGAUUAGGCAUUGGAGUUGUUCUCCAGGGAAAGAAAGUUAGAGAUGACAGUAUAACUCUACUUCAAACAGGAAUUUCUCAAGAUAAGCAGCUUGAUGCUCUGGGUUUCACACUGGAGCCUAAUUCUUCACAAAGCCUACCAAUUGUAUGUGCUGCACAGUCUCUACAUGAUCCUAUUGCAGACACUCCUCAACCUGUACUAAGGUAUCCUUCCAGUCCAGCUGUAAUUCAUCGCAGGACUCAAGACAAUUCUGACUUGUUACUUGACCAUCAAUUAACCACUUUAGGAAACCUUGUUGAAAAUGACCAUGGUUCAGUACCUUUAGCUAUCAACUCAUCUGUUGACAAAGGUAGGACCGAUUCCAAAGAAUUGAUUACUGUUCCUGAAAUGGAUAAGGAAGAACUAGCUAGUGCAACUGUGCUCCAGAAGUCAAUACGAGCUGAGAAUGUUCAACGCCGAAUUCGUAGGCCUUUUUCUGUGGGUGAAGUAGAAGCACUGGUUCAAGCAGUCGAGGAACUGGGAAUUGGAAGGUGGCGGGAUGUUAAACUUCUUGCUUUUGAAAAUGCAGAGCAUCGGACAUAUGUGGAUUUGAAGGACAAAUGGAAAACACUGGUGCACACGGCAAGAAUAUCCCCUCAGCAAAGGAGAGGAGAGCCUGUUCCCCAAGAACUUUUGGACAGGGUCCUAACUGCACAAGCAUAUUGGUCUAAUAAGGAAUUGUCACCUUCACAUGGCUUUGUAGAUGGAGUGGGGGCUUUGGUUUCUGACCUUUAUUAUUAGAGUGUCUUUUUAAUUUUUUAACAAAGAAUAUUUUAGUAAAACUCUGUUUAUAUUAUCAAUUAUGUAAAAGUGAUUAUGUGAUAUGUCAAGGGGAAAAAGUGAAGCCUAGAGACGUGGUGCUUCUUUCCUUGCGCGGAGAGGCUGCUUCUUUUAUAUGGUUGAUAUGCAAUAAAGAGCUUCCAACAUAAUUCUUUUGAUGCUAA